AUAUUGCAGGGCCGGUCGGGCACGUUUGCUCAUUUGCGCACCAUGACAAGCAGGCGGGAGGACAGCGCCUUGUAUAAAAUCCCCGGAGAGGACGGCGAUCCCCGGAGAGGCAUGAACGGGCGAGCGGCCACGAGCUUCUUAAGGAAUUGCCCCUCCCUGUGCAGCACUGAAAAGAUCAUGGUUGCAUUCAAAGGCAUCUGGACUCAAUCCUUUUGGAGAUCUGUGUCAGGAGAAUUCCUGGCCAUGUUAAUCUUUGUGCUCCUCAGUCUAGGCUCUACAAUAAACUGGGGGGAAAAGAGCAAUCCACCACCAGCAGACCUUGUUCUCAUCUCUCUGUGUUUUGGGCUCAGCAUUGCCACCCUGGUGCAGUGCUUUGGACACAUCAGUGGGGCCCACAUCAAUCCAGCUGUGACCACAGCCCUUGUGUGCACCAAGAAGCUGAGCCUUGCCAAAGCUGUUUUUUACAUCAUAGCUCAGUGUCUGGGAGCUAUAGCUGGUGCUGGAAUUCUGUACCUUGUGACUCCAGAAGGUGUGAGGGGAAAUUUGGGUGUAACUACGAUUAACUCCAAACUGUCAAUUGGUCAUGGACUUGUGGUGGAAAUGUUUAUCACAUUUGAGUUGGUCUUCACGGUCUUUGCAACAUGUGAUUCAAAAAGGCAGGAUUUGAAAGGCUCUCCGGCUUUGGCAAUUGGCUUUGCUGUUACUAUUGGACACCUGUUUGCUAUAAAUUAUACUGGAGCAAGUAUGAAUCCUGCCCGAUCUUUUGGACCUGCUGUUAUCACAGGAAAAUGGGAAAACCACUGGGUUUACUGGGUUGGUCCACUCAUGGGUGCCAUUAUUGCAGCUGCACUGUAUGAUUACCUGUUCUGCCCUGACCCUGAUAUGAAGCGACGUUUAAAACAAGUCCUCUCAAAGUCAUCUUUUCCAUCAGGAAGAUACAUGGAAGUUGAGGAUAACAAGAGCCAAGUUGAUGUCGAGGAUUUAAUGAUUAAGCCAGGAUCUAUUCAUGUCAUCGAUGUAGACAGGGAUGAAAAGAAAGAGAAGGACCCUACAAAUGAGGUGCUUUCUUCAGUAUGACUAGCCAGAAGCACUGGAAAAGGAGAGACAUCAGAUGAACACUUUCAACACUCAGUUGUUGUCCUCAAGGAAACUGAUCUCUUGUAGAAUCAGUUCCCAUUUUUAUGCACUUAAGGUGGAACAAGCAGCCGGAGAGUCCCUAAAAUUUUGCCAUGUUUUAUAACCAUGGAUGGUCUUAAAAAAGCAAAAUUUUCAGUAUAGCCUGGUGGUAAUAAAGUACAUCGAUGAAAAAUAUACAUUUAGAAUACAGUAAGGUACAGUCAUUUUCAUUACCCUAUUUACAUUUUAACACUUCAUAAAUGAAGAUUUAAUUGCGAUUAAAUCCACCCCCUUUUCCUUUAUCAUAGUACUGCAACAUAUUUUCCGCAUACAACAGUAAGUAGCAUAGUGUGUCAACCAUGACAACACUGAUGUUUUUACUGACAUCACUCACAAAACAUUUUAGCUAUAGAGGUUUCAAAAGAAUCACGUUUAUUAAUUCAACAAGUUAGUUAAUUGCAAAAGACACGAUGUGGAAUGUCUGCAAUGUGGAGGUCAACACACUUUGUUGAUUUUGUAGUUCAUUCUCAGUAUUAAAGGCUGUAAUGAAGGGGACUAGCUUUAUGUUACAGAAGUUAGGAGUUUCUCCUUAUUUCAGUGCUCUGUAUGAUAUAUUCUUUCUCUUUAUGUAGUUUCUUUUUCCUGAUAAUAAUUAGCAUGGAUCCGCACAGUAGUGCAGUGAUUAACAUAUGUAGCUCUAGGAAGUCACAUUUGAUUUCAAGACCAGUCAUGGUUGUUUGGAGUUUAUAAGGCUAUAAGUUUUCUUCAAGUCUCUUGAGGUUUUUGUAAGGGUUUCUUUCAACGCCACAAAGGCAUGCUGGUAUAGUUAUUUGGUGAAUCUAAAAUGGCCUACUGUGAAUGUCUGUACAUCAUAUCCAGGAUUGCCCCCCAUGGCCCUAGAAUGGUAAAUGCGUGUGAGCAAAAUGGAUGGCAUAAAAUGUUACACGAUUUAGUUAUGUGUUAAAAAAUGAGAAUGUUUUUAUUAUUGUUCCUCAAGAUAGCCUUAAAGUAUCAUAGUUUCCACUCAUUAAAUUAUAAAUGCAAAAAAGUACACCUAAGCUGUCCUAAAAGUAAGAAUAAUCAUAACAUACCUGCAGUUCUAUCAUUCCUACACAUACCAUAUAAACUCACGUAUAAGUCGGGUCUUGAAACCCGAAAAAUCGAUCAUAAAAUCAGACCCCGACUUAUACACCCAUUCAAAAAUGCGACACUUAAUUUAAAAAAAAAUUUUUUUUUACAUGUUCUUGCCUCCUCCAAUCUCGCAUCAGUUUCUCAGACGCAUCAAAUUUUGUUGCAGCAGCGCAGUUACCAAUUUCUUUUGCCACUUCAACGGCUUUUAAUUUAAAACCAGCUUCAUAUAUUCUUCUGAACGAAUGCUCCGUCAUAGAUAAGGGAUGCUCUUACGAUAAAAGUGUAUGAGGGUGUGAGAUACAAAAAACACACAACAUUGCAAACGUCACUUUGGAAUAGUUCGGGUAUUACUGUGUGGUCACGUAGUCACAAUAGAGAGAGAGGUUAGGAGUACACGCUGAUACAGCACAUUGCCGCACCCACAUAGAAAAAAAAGGCCGUGUGCUCUGUGGUUACUCUCUCAAGUGGGCAUUAGCAUAUCGUAAUCUCUUGGACCAAUAGCGUGAGUUUUCCGCAUUCGACUUAUACGACCAACAUUAUAAAAUACCAGAAAUUAUACAGUCCUGACUUAUCCGCAAGAGAACGUAUCCGUGAGUAUAUAUGGUAGUCAUCAGUAACCCUUAUGCAGUAAGACAGUUCUGUGAGUGCAACUUUUUUUGACUUUAAUUGUAAACCAAAACUUGCUUUUGUCAGAGGUUUAUCCAUUUUUGCAUUCUUCAAUACACCACUUUAUAAAACUUAGAAUCUCUGGUGUCUCAAGAGAAUGGGUGUUUUAAGUUUCAGAUUGCUUUUUGUUUAUUCUUUAUAAACUCUGUUUCCAGAUCUUUAUGUAACUGAACAUUAUUUUUUUUUUAAAAAAGUCACACGUUUUGACUAUUUUGUUCAUCUCAUCUCGCACUUAUGUCAGUGACAUUGCCACGCGUUGUUAGACCACAUAUGAGUUUAUGAGCCCCAACCAUAAAAAUAAAAAAGAAUAAUUUUCAGGUUUCAUUUAGUAGUGAACAUUUUGCAGAUGAAUAAUUAUAAUGAUUAUACAUUUCCUUUACAUAUAUUUUACUUUUCUAUUUGUACUGUUUAUGUAGUAAUGUGCAAAUACAUUUGAUUCAGCAUGAUACGGAGAGGCUAAAUAGUCUGCCUAAUGUCCUUCACUAAUUUAAUUUCUUUUUAGUCUCAGGGUAACCAGCCUCCAUUCUGGAGACCCCUUCCAGCAGUGAGGUUUCAUGUCUGCAAAUUUUCAAUCACAUGCCAAAUGCUGCCUUUAAAUCAAGCAUCUAUUAUUUUACUGUCACUUCAUUCAAUAAAUGUUGUCAGUGUUCAUUAAUCUUACAGAAAAGGGCCUGUUGCUUCCUACUGGGCCUACUGGAAAGUUUAGGAGGUUUUAUUAUCAGCAAUUGAAUUUAACAAUUUAUCCUUACAAACUGUAACUGCCACACUUUGCAUGUGCUGAGGUUCUAUUCAUUCAAUCCACAAAUAGAAAAUGAUGUUUUGAGUGAGUAAUUAAAGUUUAAGUUUUAAUAGUUUAUCAGUUAAUUGAUGUGACCAAUUAGUGUGUGGUAAUGGAUGUUAAUAUAAAUUAAAAUUAAUAGUCACCAGUCUAUUAAAAAAAAUCUGUUGUUAUUUUUAAUAUAAACAUUUAUAAGCACUUAAUGUAUGUAAGCAUUGUUGCAAUUCUUUAACUUACCAAUAAUGAAAUUACCACACCGACAAGAACGUUUGAUAGUUACCUUCUAGUUUAAAAUAAGUCAAACCUCCUUAUACUCAUUCUGUCAUGGACAGGAAACAGAUUGGCCAUUGCAACAAAACAUCUCCUAGUCCUGUGAAGAUAGUUAAGCUACAAAUAAAAAAUAUAUAAAAACUACAGAAUUGAUUUAGCUGCAAAACUACAAAAAAAAAGCCCAUCUUUAACUGCCUAAUUCGUAACUUCUGAAAAUUAAAGUACAGUAAACCUGAGUCUGUUAGGCAUGGGCUGAAGUUGAGAGCUGGCAGUCUCAACCCAAAAUAUGACAUGCAUAUUUGAGCAAUUGAUCGUAAAAAUGUGCAGCUUCAUUCUUUAUUUUUUGUAUAGAAUCCUUAUAUAUCAGCUAUCCUUUCCAAUGCCAGUUCUUUACAAUUUUGCCGAGUUGCAUAUUAAGGGCAUAAUUUUUUUCUUAGGAGAAACUUGAAAUUAUUGCAGAAUGUUCAGCUACGUUACAUACAUUGUGUUAAGAAAUAAAAGAAAAAUAUAAACUAAAUUUUUAAUGCCUGAAACAUUUCAUUGUUGCUGCAUUUUCAUUAAUUGAAAUUAAAAAUGCAUUUUGUUUAAGUAGAGGGGUACUUAACUGGAAUUCUCAACGGCUGCAGCGUUUUUUCCUAGUUGCCCCCAAAAAAUUAAACAUACAGUGCAGUAUUUAGAUUUAUUUUCUUGGUUAUACAAUGUAAUUUUUAUUGCAAGGAGUUUAUCGUUCUACAGUAUUUUUUUUAGUGAUCAAUGUUUUUGUUUAUAAUGAUUUACCAUUAUGAUGGACAGGAUUCCUGGCCAGGUCUGGUUUAUGCCUCUGGUUGCCACUGUGAUAGGCUCCGGCACCCUGAAAUCUGGAAAUGGCUAAACUAAUCCCAAAUAAAACCUGCAGCCCUUGAGAUGUGUGGUUGAGCAGCACCUACUUAACAAAUGGUAACAAUGUUUAAGUAAUGCACUAACUGAUGUGUGGCAGCUUUCACACGCUAUUGUAGUGUAUUAUAAACUGUUGAAGAGUAUAAAAAUUAAAAUUUAUUUUUGAUCACUUACACAGA